AUUCUUGUACCUUAUAACUGCGGUCUACUUACAAAACGAGAGAAUGGCGUUCGAAGUUAGGGAUUCUGGUGAUUUUUUAUUAGACCUAUUAAAUCAGAAACUCAUCGAAGAUCAGUUAUUACUUCUCGGAGAACUUGGUAUUCGUUAUUCAAAUGAAAACAUUCAAUAUUUCUAUCGCAUUAGAUAUUUGGAUAAUCUCUUUCAAAAAUGCUCUGAUCUUGACCUUAAUCAAUACUUUUAUGAUUAUUUCUCUUCUUUUCAAUCAAAAUGUAAUGGCGAACGUGUAGAAGAGGUCUUUGAAGGAACCGAAAAUGAUAUUAAAUUUUCGUAUUUAGCAAUAUUCCUAAGUGAUGAGGAAAUAGAAAAUUUAUACUAUAAACAUUUAUACAAUUAUGGAGAAGACGCUCCAUUUCAACCGAUUGACGAUGAAAGCGUUCAUUGGUCACCCGUAAAAACAAUGAAGAUUUUAGAGAGAUGGAUGUUCGGUGAAGAUAUCCGUAAUAAAUUCGAUUACAAUGGUCUCAUCAAGCUUUUUAUUAAAAAGUUCAAUUCUAUUGAACAAAGGAAACUUGCUUGUUUGGAUGCAAAACUAAAUGAAAGAUGCGAAUUGAACAAAUUUAUUACGGAUUUAAAAAACAAGUACACUUCCGCCUACUACGAUCUGCCAAUUUUAACGAAUAAACAUCCAAAGACAAAGAAAAAGGCCUAUCAGAUUCAAACUGAAAUUUUGUGGAAAAUUCAAAAAAAUGAUUUCAACAAAAAUAAUGAACUUGAAAUUUGGUCAAAUUUUCAAAGUUUAAUUAAUAAUUAUGAACAUUUCAUUACGAAGAAAACUGGUAGAGUCUUAAUGGAAGGACAAAUUGGUUCUGGUAAAAGUUUAUACGUUCAUUAUAUGAUGAAUAUGUGGGCGAAAGGAACUGUGUUGAAAGAUAUCGAUUUGUGCUUAUACUUUGAUUUCAGUCGGAUUGAUUCAAACCAAACAUUAGAGAGAUUAUUUAUUCAGCAAACAUUCCCAGAAUUUUCAAGGGAGCAACAAGAUUUCUACUCUACUCUUCUUCAACGUUUUAUACGCAAAUCACCUUCAAAAGUCCUAUUACUUUUCGAUCAGCUUGACCAUUAUUAUUUCAAUAAUCACCAAUUAAACGAAAUACUAGAAGAAAAAUCCCGAACUCCCAUCAUAACAUGGUGUAGAAAUGUUAAGGCAAAGGAUAUAAAAGAUACUUAUCAUUGUGUUAUUGAAUUAUUAGGUUUCAAUCUGUUACAAUUUACGAUCUAUUUACAGAAAUGUUUCAAUGAACUUGAAAUUAUUGAUAUUGAAUCAUCUUACGAACAUUUUAAAAAUUCCUUUGGCUUGGCAAAAUUAUCGAAAGAAUAUCUAAGGAGUUUGACAGAUGAAGUUGAACAAUUUCAAUUAUUUAGAUGUUCAUGUUUGUCAACUCUACAAAAUCUCUCCAUUAUAGUAUUUAAACAAAUACCUCAAAGUCUUGAACAUCAAUUUGGCCGUUACGAUUUAAUGGAAGAAAGAAAUUCUCCUCUAUUUAUGGCAUUAACCUCCUUGUAUUGUUUGCGUGAGGAAGAGGAUGAUAAUUGUCGAUUUAAGACCGAUUUUGGAUUAUAUCAAUAUUAUAUUCAAAGUUCAUCUACAAGAUUUAAGGAAAUACUCGAAAACAAAGUUGGAAGGUUGUUAAUCAAUGAUUUGAACGGAAUAGACUUAAAUUUCAAUGAUAAUCUAUCAAUUGAAGUCAUUAAAGAAUUCUGUUCUUAUACAAAUAAUCUUGUUUACUAUUCUCAAGUUUUCAACACGAGAACUAAUACAGAAAGAAUUGUUAUUGAAUUCCUUCAUCCAACAGUUAAAGAGUAUUUAUUGGCUUUAUACAUUACUCAAAUAUUUCAAAAAGACAACCAAUCUUUUAAUAUACUAAUUGCAGAUGGAUAUAAAUUUCAUAAUUUAUCAAAAAUGUGGAAGAUUUUCCAAUAUAUCGGUGGAAUUGAUGAAGAAUGUUUAAAAGUUAUAUUAUAUAAUAUUGAAAAAGAGUUUUUCGAAGGAGUAAACAACGUUCACGAAGAGACUUUUAAUCGUUUUAAUACACUUGUAAAAGGUUCUCUAUGUCGUAUCAACGAUGAAAUAUGGAAAAGAUUCUUCUAUUCAAUCCUAAAUUAUACUGCAAAAAUCAAUUUAAAAUCUAUUUUAAGCUCUUUUAAUUCAACGUUUAACGAUAUUAUCUUGAGAAUUCCUACCGAUGUUCAAUUGUAUUUCAACGAUCAGGAAGAUGAGUUGAUUUUUGAUGGAAUAGGAAAUUUACUUAUUCAAACUGGUGGCUUGAAUAAUCAUCAAUUAGAACUUUUAAUGAAAUGUAAACAUUUGAAAUGUAUUAAAAUUAUUGAUGUUCAAGUUGAUAAUGUUGCUUUAUACGAAUUGAAAGAGAAUUCAUUGAAAACACUCGAGAAAUUGGUCAUUGGACAAACUAUCAUAGAUUGGAAAAUAUUAUCAUCCGUUGACGGAGAUUUACUCUUAUCGGAUCUUCAUUUAUGCAAACUAUUACUUACCGAUAAUACAAUGAAUUUUAUAUCUAAAGCCAUUCAUUUACAACAUUUAACAAUUCAUCCAUCGUCAGAUUAUACUCAAAACGCUUUGACUAUAGAACUACUUUAUACACUUGCUACUGUGAACACAUCAUUGAAAUCUCUUUCUUUAUUUGGACUAGAUGUUGAAUCUCAGCAUCAUCUCUAUGACAACUUUUUCUUUUCAAUGCAAUCGUUCAAAGAGCUAGUUGAUUGUCAUUUUACUUUAGUAGAUUUAGGUUGUGUUGCGGAUGAAUUUUUUAAAGCCUUAUCUCUUGGACCAAGGAAUACUUUACGUAGUUUAAUAUUAAAUAGAUGCAGACUACGGCCAAAGGACGAAAAAGAAAUAGAGAUUUAUAUCAAAAGAUUUGUUAAUCUUCAAUUUUUUUCAACUUCAAAUGCUCUGUCGUUUGAUAAACAAUAUAAAGCAGACGAUAGCCCAGUUACAAGUAUAGAUGAUGGUGAAGUAUUCUUACAAGUUGGAAUAGGAAGACAACAUUCUCAAACUCCUAAAGUUGACAAUACUUUACAAUGUAUAGAAGUAGAAGAUGUGAUUAAGGAACAAAGUACCAUAGAUUUGUCUAGCAUCGAUUGUUUAAUGAACAGUUCACAGUCGAAAAGUUUGCUAGGGGAUUGUUCCGAUUCCAAUGUUGAUAAUAUUAUCCUUCCUCCUCAACCUCCUCCUCCUCCAUCUACUUCUUUGACGCCUUCUUCUCCUGUUGCUUCUUGCUCUUUUCCAAACUCAACAGUUUCCAUUUACCUAUCGGAGAUUAUAGAGAAUUUUGAAAUAGAAAAGACAGCAGAGAACUUGAAUGAAAUAUGUAAUUUGGAUAGGCUUCAACCGGUACCAGUCAUGAAAUUGUUCCCAAUUCUGGAAGAUUUUCUGAAGUAUUUCCAGCCAGUAUUUGUAUUACACUUUAGUGAAGACGAUGAGAACUCUAUGGUCUGCGAAUUUUUAUUGGAUAUUCUAUAUUCCUUGGCUAAAGUAAAGGAAGAGCUAAGAGAAACUAUUGUCGAUUUGUUUAACAAAUUGAACGAAACGGAAAAUAUUGAUACUAGUUUGAAAAACUAUUUGAAAAACACUUUAGAAGAUAUGAACACAGGAUUUUUAAUAAAAGAAAUGUUUCUUGAACAAUUUCAUCAAAUUCUCAAAAUUCAGAAUAAUAAAGUACUUUAUGAAUUUCUUAAAGAUAACUUAUCUCUAUUAGAUUUUCAAAGAAAUCGAGAUAAAUCUAUGGUAGCAGCUUUCUCCAAAGGUUUUCAUAUACUUAUACAAAAUGAAAGAGACCGUGAUUCAAUGAUGCCAAGUUUGUUAAUAUUCUUUAUUUAG